AUUUUCUGGCAUAUUGAGUGCAGCACUUUCACAGCAUCAUCUUUCAGGAUUUGAAAUAGCUCAGCUGGAAUUCCAUCACCUCCACUAGCUAACUUUAUCUCAUUUAAUCCUUAACUCUGGUGGUAAAUUGAUUAAUCCCUUUUUGUAGAUGAUGUUCAGUCACUCAGUGGUGUCUAAUUUUUGUGACCCCAUGGAUUGCAGUAUGCUAGGCUUCCCUGUCCUUCAGUAUCUCUCGGAGUUUGCUUGAACUCAGGUCCUUUGAGUCAAUGAUGAGGAAAUGAAUAUUAGGGGUUGAGAUAAUUUGUUCAAGUUCAUAUACCUAGUGUAUAACUGAGAAGCAGAACUUGAACCCACAUCCUUCUGGCUUUAGAGCUUUUCUUCUACACUACUAUGAUUUUUUGUUUGUUUGUUUAAGUAUUUGGUUGUAAAAUGACACAAAUUUAAAGCAUUAAAUUAUCAUUUUAAGAAGUCUGUUGUUGGUUAUUUUUCUUGUUUAACACUCCUAAUUUAAUUUCCAGGUUCAGGUGAUCUCACUUUGCCAGAGUCCUGGGUUCUCUUUAAAUAAGAAAGGUUUUUGUUUGUUUGAUUUUGGUUUGGGUCAAAGCCAACUACCUUAAGUAUUUCAUGUUCAUUUCUGGAUGUUUGUGUUGGGCCCCUUCUUGUUUUAAUUGAAUGUGGAAACUUGGUAAUAACAUAGCAAUUUUCAUUUUUUCCAGCAUUCCUCUCUUUUCUUCCCCUCUUUUGACUUUGAUGUAGAGAAUUUCACUUAGUAGGCUGUUACCUGAACUGCACCACCUUUAACAACUUGCUGAGGACCCUGAAAAGAAAUAGGGAGACCAUUUUCCAGCGCUCAUGAUUUGAUCAAGUCUUUUUACCUCUUUUUAAAAAUCUUUUCAAUAAAUUUGCUUUUUUACUGUUACCUUUAGAGCACUUAAAAACAUGGUAUUCAAUAAAAAGGAAACCCUAUAGCAUUUCAUAACUCCAAGCUCUGUUUUGUCACUCCAACUGGUAUAACAUGUUUCCUGACAAAUGUUAAAAUAAUGCCUGUGGAAUUGAAGCAACUCAUGUUUACUGGUUUUUUAGUUAAUUUUUAUUGGAAUAUAACACAUUUACUUUUACAUGUCAGAAAUGCAACUUCUGGACCUCAAUAGUUUCUCUGUAUCGUAUCUUAAAACACCACCUAAAUCAUGAAGUUUCUUUUUCCUAAAAUUUAGUAUGAACAUUUUCAAACUUACAAAUAUGUUGAAAGAAUUUUACAGUAAACACCUUCAUAUGCUAUGCACCAUUUGUAGCUAUUAGAGCAGCAAAGUUAAGAAAGAUAUUAACUGGGGUAUUAUCUGGAAAUCAGAUGGCUUAGACUGGAUUCUAGCUCUGUCAUUUGUUGGGCUGGCCAAAAAGCUCCUUCGGUUUUUAAGUAAAAUAAAAGACACAUUUUUCAUUUUCACCAAGAACUUUAUUGUACAACGUAUUCACCGUUUUGUUCCACUGUGCUGUGCAGUGCUUAGUCACUCAGUCAUGUCCAACUCUUUGCAACCUGGUGGACCAUAGCCCACGGCUCUUCUGUCCAUGGAAUUUUCCAGGUAAGAAUACUGAAGUGGGUUGUCACUUGCACCUCCAGAGAAUCUUCCCAACCCAGGGAUCAAACCUACGCCUCUUGCAUCUUGUGGGUUGGCAGGCAUAUUCUUUACACUGUGCCACUUGGGAGUCCUUGUCAUUUUCCAGGUGACUUCAUAAUUCCAUCUUCCCAAAAGUUUUUAAUUUCUUGAGCAAAGAACUGUUCCAGGUGCCUUUUAUAGUCAGGGUAUUGAAAUUUUUUCCAUUAAGAGAAUUUUGUAAAGACAAAAAUAAAUGGAAAUUCGAAGGUGCAAUGUCUGGUAAAUGUGGCUGAUGAAUCAGAACUUCCCAGCCAAGCUGUAACAGUUUUUGCCUGGUCAUCAAAGAAAUAUGGUCUUGCGGUAUCCUGAUGGAAGAUUUUGCAUUUUCUGUUGACUAAUUCUGGAUACUUCAUGCCGAAUGCUGCUUUCAGUUGGUCAAAUUGGAAGCAGUACUUUUUGGAAUGAAUCAUUUGUUUUCUGGAAGGAGCUCAUAAUAGAGGGCUCCCAAUCCUACCAUAUAUACACCAUCAUCGUCUUUGAAUGAAGGCUGGCCUUUGAUGUGGUUGGUAGUAGUUUAUUUUGCUUGCCCCAUGAUCUCUUGUGUUCCAUAUUGUUGUACAGUAUCCACUUGUCAUCGCCCAUCACAAUUUGUUUUAAAAAUGGAAUGUUUUCAUUAUGUUUAAGUAGAGAAUCACAAAUAGAAAUACAGUCAAAAAGGUGUUGUUUGUUUAACUUAUGUGAAACUCAAAUAUCAAAGUGAUUAGCAUAACUUAGCUGAUACAAAUGAUUUUCAAUACUUGAUUUGGAUAUUUUCAGUAUGUAAAUUUAUCUUCUGCAUGGUAUAACAUUGAUUGUUCUCGGUUAAUAUCUUUUUUUUUUUUUUUUUGCUUUUUUUUAAAUUUUAUUUUAUUUUUAAACUUUACAUAAUUGUAUUAGUUUUGCCAAAUAUCAAAAUGAAUCCGCCACAGGUAUACAUGUGUUCCCCAUCCUGAACCCUCCUCCCUCCUCCCUCCCCAUUCGGUUAAUAUCUUGAUUUGAUCACCAUCAACUUCAACUGGUCUACUUGACCAUGAAACAUUGUCCAGCAAGAAAUCUCUAGCACGAAACUUAGUAAACCACUUUUGGACAUGUUCACUCAGUCACAGCACCUUCUCCGUCCACUGCACAAAUCUUUUUGUGUGUGUUUCACUUGCAUUUUUACUUUUCUUAAAAUAAUAAAGCAUAGUAUGCCAAAAAUGCUGCUUUUUUCCUUCCAUAUUGAAAUGGCUACACAAAAAUUCACCGGUGUUGAUUUGUUUUUCAGUGCAUGCUGAUAUGUCACCUGUCACAAUGCAGUCUAGGGGAAUUGUUUCUAAUGAAGUUAAUGACAACUCAGCAUUACUAGAGCCGUCAUACCGAAAAAACCGAGCAAACCUUUUGGCCAACUUAAUACUAACAGAAGAAGAUGGUGAAUUAGAAGAUGGUGAAAUAGAUGAUGCAGGAUUUGAAGAAACACAGGAACAGGAAGCAAAAGAGGAUGAAAAGCAGAAAAAUCAGAAAGCCUACCGAAAAUCAAGGAAAAAACACAAGAAAGAAAAAGAGAAGAAAAAGUCCAAAAGGAGAAAACGUGAGAAGCAUAAGCAUAAUUCUCCAUCCAGUGAUGAUAGUUCAGACUAUAGCCUUGAUUCAGAGGUCGAACAUACAGAAACUUCCCACAGAAAAAGAUCUGGUUUCUACAGAGAUUAUGACAUUCCAUUUUCUCAGCAUGGACAUAUAUCAGGAAGCUACAUGGCAUCAAAGAAGAGUCAACAUAACAGAAAAUUUAAAAGUAAAGACUAUGAUGAGUACAGUACCUACAGUGAUGACAACUUUGGUAGCUACAGUCAGGAAACAGAGGAAGAUUUUGCCAGUCAGCUGAAACAAUACAGGCAAGCUAAAGAAACCUCGAAUACUUCUUUAGGAUCAUCUUUUUCUAAAGAACCAGGGAAAAAACAAAGAUUGAAAGGAAUUCAACAAGGUACUGAGCAGAGGGUUAAAAGUUUUAAUGUUGCUCGUGGACGAGGUUUGCUGAAAAAAAUCAAACGCAAAGACCGUGGCGGAAGGGUCAACAAAGGGCCAAAUGUGUUUUCAGGAACUGAUGACUAUCAUGAGUAUAGUAAACCAGGGAAAAAAUGGAAGAUUAUGACUCAGGAAUUUAUUAAUCAACAUACAGUGGAACAUAAAGGAAAACAAAUCUGCAAAUACUUUCUGGAAGGGAGAUGUAUUAAGGGAGAUCAAUGUAAAUUUGAUCAUGAUGCAGAGUUGGAGAAGAGGAAAGAGAUCUGCAAAUUUUAUUUACAAGGAUAUUGUACCAAAGGAGAGAACUGCAUUUAUAUGCAUAAUGAAUUUCCAUGUAAGUUCUAUCAUAGUGGAGCAAAAUGUUACCAAGGAGACAACUGUAAAUUUUCACAUGAUGAUCUGACUAAAGAAACAAAGAAACUUUUGGACAAAGUGUUGAAUACUGAAGAAGCUGCAAAUGAAGACGAAAGAGAAUUAGAAGAACUUAGAAAGCAUGGCAUAACUCCUCUUCCCAAACCACCUCCAGGAGUUGGACUUCUGCCAACCCCACUGGAGCAUUUUCCCUUUUCUGAUCCUGAAGAUGGUUUUCAGACAGAUCUCUCUGAUGAUUUCAAGAAAAUUCCAUCUCUUUUUGAAAUAGUUGUAAAACCUACUGUGGAUUUAGCACAUAAAAUUGGAAAGAAGCCACCAGCAUUUUAUAACAGUGCCUCACCACCAGGACCACAAUUUCAGGAAAGCAGCCCACAUCCUCAACAUGUCUAUAGUUCUGGGUCCAGUCCAGGUCCUGGCCCUAACAUGUCUCAGGGACACAGCAGUCCUGUGAUCCACCCAGGCUCCCCCGGACACUGUCCUGGCCUACCAGUGCCACAGAGCCCACCUUUGCUGCCUGGCCCCCCAGGAACUGUGGGCCCUCACGGUCAAGCCGGAGUACUUGGUCAACCGGAUACGCCUUUGACACCACCAAAUAUGAGUGGUGCUUACCACUGCCCGGGCUUUCCAGAACACGUGAUGAAAGUACCUAGAGAGAAUCACUGCUCUCCAGGCUCAUCGCACCCACUUGGUGAAAGGCAGCUCAGUACCAGCUAUGAGUCCUUACAAAAUCCCGCUGAGUUUUAUGAUCAUUACUAUUCACAGCAUGCUGUCCAUAAUUUUCAGCCACCCAGUCACUCUGGUGACGGCGUGUGGCACGGUGACUUUGCCCAGCACCAGGCUCCAGUUGUUCCAGACUCACCUAACCGUGGUAGUGGGUCCGACAGCAGCAGUAAGGUGGCAGGCCAUGGUGCCCUGCCUGCACUGGGUCUCCUCCCUGCUGUCCAGAGAGCUCUUUUUGUUAGACUUACUCAGAAAUACCAAGAAGAUGAAGAGCCAAGCAGCACCCAGCCUCAGAGGGCACCAAGCAAGGAAGAAGAUGAAACUGUUAACUGGUACUCCAGUAGUGAAGAGGAAGAAGGGAGCAGCGUCAAGUCAAUACUGAGAACGUUACAGAAACAAACAGAGACUUUGAGGAGUCAGCAGCAGCCUUCCACAGAGCUUGGCACUCCUACUGACCCGAGACUUGCUAGAGAGAAGAAUAAAGGAAACCAGGUCGUCGACCCUAGACUCAGGACUAUCUCAAGGCAAGACAUUAGAAAAUCUUCUGAGUCUGCCCCACUGGAUCUCAGACUUGCCUGGGAUCCCAGGAAAUUAAGAGGGAAUGGAAGCGGUCAUGGCAGUUCUUCUGCUGGUGGAGCCAAGUUUGAUUCACAUCAUGGCAACACUGGCCCUAACAUUAGACACAAAAGAGGAGAUGAUGAUGAUGAAGAUACAGAAAGAGAACUGAGAGAAAAGGCUUUCUUAAUACCUCUGGAUUCUUCCCCUGGUGUGAUGCUGCAGGACCCAAGGUCACAACUGAGACAGUUUAGUCACAUUAAAAUGGAUAUUACCCUAACCAAACCCAACUUUGCCAAACACAUCGUGUGGGCUCCAGAAGACUUACUACCAGUUCCUUUACCUAAACCUGAUCCAGUCUCUUCAAUCAAUUUACCUCUGCCCCCUCUUAUAGCUGACCAGAGGCUCAGUAGGUUGUGGAAUACAAAAAGUGAUCUUCGUCAAGACACCGUGCCCACUGAUAGAAAACUAGCAGCCAAAGCCAAAAUGAACACAGCAAACAGAGAAGGCUACCCAGACCAAUUUGGAGACUCACAUAGUUCAGGAAGUAAAUUAGGAGAUCCUAGGCUGCAAAAAAAUUUUGAUCCUAGACUUCACAGACUGCACAAUACAGAGCCUCAUCAAGCAGUUAUGAAGGACCCCCAUAUGUCUAAGACUGCCCCUCCUUUAGGGACCAGGUCAAACCUGGGGUCAUCACAGCCCUCAGGGGCAGUACCUAGCAGUUCUGGUCCUGGGGUUUUACCUCCAUAUGCCCCCAAACUCUCAUCUUCAACUGGCCUUCCCCUGGGCACUCCGGGUUCAGUCCUUAGCGGUAUUAGUUUGUAUGACCCCAGGGAGCAAGGUUCCUCCUCUACAUCAGAGCUAGCAGCAGAAAAUGCAGAGAACCAGAAAAAAGGCGGGAGUUUAAAAUGUAGUGACAAAAAUGAGCCUCCUCCUGGAGAAUCAAUCCUACCACAGAAAAUGGCUCCAAAUGUGGACGUCCCUGUUGACCGCCCAGCUGACCCACAGACGGACAUUCGCCCGAGUUCCGGUACCGUUCAAGUCCCGGCAGUGCACAGCCUUCCAAUCCAGGCAUUAACAGGCUUAAUUAGACCCCAGUACAGCGAUGCCAGGCAGUCAAAACACCUGGGACAGGUGAGCCCCACCCCCGGUGAUGCUCCCAGCAAAGAAACAGAUGACAAAUCUCUGAAGGAGGUUUUCAAAACUUUUGACCCAACAGCUUCACCAUUUUGUUAGCUGUUGUAUAAACAAGCAGUUCUUUUCUCUCUCCUGACUGUUGGCAGUCCCCUGCUGUUUUGUAACUGUUUUACCUCUAUAGUUUAUUUAUUUUUAAAUUAUAAACACUUUUCAGCUGCUAGUAUCAGAACCACACGAAGUUAUAUCCUCCAAAGCCUGUGGUAUUUUAUAUAGUAUUUUUAUAAUUUUAAGAGACUGUAGUCGUUGACAUAGAAACCUAUAUAUCAUGUUAGUUUCAGUAAAAGUACUUUUAUUGUAAAUAAACCAUCAUGAACUCAACACUUUGCCUGAAUAUAUGCCACUUGUCUUUCAUAAUCAGUGUUUAGAUAAAUGAUCACCACUUUUAUAUGGUUGUUAGUUUCAAGCAAUAUAAUGUACAUUACUUUUCAGAAACAGUAUUUUGACUAGGAUCCUCUCAAAUUUGUCAAACAGAACUGACUAAUAUGUAAUGCUAACUGCUAGCUAAAAUGUAAAGUGAAGUAAAGAAAACAUUUUUUUAAUCUAAUAUUAGCAGAGCAGUUCAUGUUUAAGGGCAUCACUUUUAUUAUUACUGGCAAUAUUAUUUGUGUAAAUGAAGCAUUUGAAUGUCAUAUCUUUUAAAUGUAUUUUAUGGUAUACUGUAUCAUAGAAGUUGGAGAUAUAUAAAUAGAAUGUUUUGCUAAAGUAAAAAAUUUCCAAAUUCUCUAACAUAACUUUUUAAAUUUAAUUUUUCAUAAUAAUAGUUAUGAGUUAUUGCUGUUAUGAUGUUUAUGCAUUUUGAUGUCUUUGUCUUUAGCAGCAUAAUUUAUAUUACUUUUUCAAAUUGUGUAGCUGCAAUAAUUGUAUUCAUCAUGACUUUGGCAGUUUUAAACAAAAUUUUAAAAGAUCCACUGUGUCUGUAGUGAUUUAUUGCAUUGAUAAUGUUUUAAGUGUGCAGGUUCUAUAUUUUUUCUUAAAUAGCGAGAAAACACAGAGAUGGUAUAGUCAACUGUAUAUGGCUAUCAAUAAAGACUCUUUCAGAUCUCACCUGACUGGCAUUCUAUAACAGAGGAGACUGCUUGGUGUUUUAAUGUAUUUAAUGUCCUCAUAGUUUGGAAACCACCUCAAUGGAUUUGAAAUUGUACUUUUAUGAAAAAUAAUUUGCAUUCAUUCUUGUAUAUUUAUUGCAGUAUAUAAAUAAUGGCAACCCUACUUACUUUAUACAUAUAUUAUUUAUAACUAAAACUAAGAAUUACACUUAAGUCUCAGGCUAAGUGUAUAUAUUAAUAUCUUCAACUAGAGGUAUCUGACAGUGUUUGCUAGUAACAACUCCAGUAAGUAAUUUAAAAGGAGCGUUUCAUUGUAAAAGGUAAUGGAAGUAGAGGAAAUCAGCUCUUGAGAAGUGAUUUUUAAAAUAUACAGCCAAAUUUUUGUGUGGGAACCUAAAGCUCAGCACAUGGCUUAAUACUAAUGUAUAUCUUUCCUAUUCCCAUCUUCACUUUUUGCUUUUUUUGCUCUGAUUCCAUGCUGAAAUGAGGUUGCAGUUAAGUGAACAAGAACAAUGCCUGUCUACCUCAGAAGUUCAUUGUGUUCUAAGUGGAAGGACAGUUGUUCAAGGGAAUGUGAGUUCCUACUAUUUUUACUUUGGUUACGUUGUUGCCUAAAAUGAUUCUGGAUAACAUUUUAUGGUUAAAAACUGAAAUUUACAGCUAUUAUAGAAAGUAUUUUCUGACUUGCUGUCCUUUGGAAGCAAGUCGAAGGAUAAUUGAUUAGUAAAAAAAUCCUUUAUGAAUGUUCAUAUAAGCUACUUGCUGAAUUAAUUAGAAGAGAGAGAGGGAGGAAAGAACUUAUGAGGGUUAGAGGUUUAUGACAGGGAAUUCAUAUUCUUUAUCUGAACUGAUUUAUAGGUGUUUUAUCUCAGCGUCUAGUUUGUUAUCUGUGAAAUGGGUAUGAUUUUGACUUCACAGAUUUGAUGUAAGGAGUGAAUGAAUUAUUAUUUUAAAAUAUUUGUAAAUAUAAAAUUGAUUUAUGACUUUCAUACACAUAAUCAUUACAUUCCCACUGGGUUUACAUUAAGUUGUACAGAUUCAAAAAUAAUAUAAUGUGGUUUGUGUGGUUCAUCAAUUCUGUGAAGUUUCAGAUGAUAGUAAGACACAGUAGAAUUGCCUGAGAAGUUGUUUCAGGGAGUAUUAACCCAUCAAGUUAGCAAUUUCCUUGAACAUUUUGUGUAUCAGUAAGUCACAGGACUUUUUCUACUUUAGAGCUCUUUGGGCUUGUAGUGUCUAUUCAGGGUCUGACAUAUAUGCUCACUUUAGACAGGUUGGAUAUUGACAGAAGGUGAAAAUCCUGUGAUGGUCUCUGUUGUGUUUUCCUCACUUACGUGUUAUGACUUCGUGUUCUGUGACUCACAUGUUUGCUUAAAUCAUAGCAUGUGUGGUGUGGGUGAAGUGGCCACCUCAGUCAGUGGGGGGCUGUUGGCUUUUAGAAACAAUGAGGAUAUUUACUCCCACCUCUUAAUAUGUAUUUCUGCAAGCAUGUGACAUUGAGAUCUUUCUUAGUGAUCACUUGUUGGAAAAAGGUGCAUUUUUCUUUGGUUAAUGGCAUCUUGAAGUUUGGAAAUUCCCAAUGACCUGGAGGUUAGGGCUUGUCAAUGUAUUUCCAUUUGCACAGCACAGAGUCUUGUGAUAGAGACGCUUUCCCUCCCUGAGUUCACUCUUCUGGGCUGAGGACUGCGCCUCGCAGAGGCUGUCUGUGUGAAAGGCUGUACCGUGGAGGGCUGAUCUGCAGUCAAGCAGCCCACCGAUAGUGUCCCUGCCUCCUUCAGUAUCGGGCCUUCUGGGAAUUUCUAGGAUGAAGAGUUAUAAUCAUCUCUUCAGAAAUGGUUUGGGAGCACUUGAUAAUAUUAUGUUCAAAGUUUAGUAAUCAUUAGUAAAUUUUCUUAGUUUAAAUAAGGCUUAGUUUAGGAGGUGUAAGCCUUGACAAAAUGUAACCGAAGAGUGUCUGAGUGUUUGAAGUUCUUUUCCUCACUUAUGUGUUAUGACUUCGUGUUUAUGUAAUGCCUUCUCCCCCAAGUAACUUCAUGUGAUUUGCAGAACCAGCGUCAGUGGUUACCAAUUGCUGUACUGCUGGGGUUACGUUUCUGAGUAUGUUAUUUAUCAGCAGGACCUACCAGUUGUAACAAAACCCAAAUUUAACCUGGAUUUCUUGAAAAGGAUACAGACCUAAGAAAGGACUUUAAGUUAAUGACAACAUAACAUUGAUUUUAAAAUAAGAAAUGAAAAGUAUGUCUUAAAAUUUAUGCUUUUGGAGGCUGAACCCGUAUGCGUCUGCUUGUUCUUCUGUUUCCGCCCGGCAACAAGCCUAGUUCUGUGCAUGCAGUAGGUGUUUUGUUAAGUGCUUCUUGAUUGCUUCCCAACGUCCAUCUGAGUUUAGAUUUUGCAGGUGCCUCCAUCUGUCAGAAUAGAUGUGGUAGAGCCACUCCAGGAUUUUAUUAGAAAGAGUGUGGUCAUUAAUUAUGCCUCUUUGAUUAGACAUAGGGCACCAGCCUUCUCUUUUCUUGUCUCUUCUCCCCACCACCCACCCAAACAAUGUGAGCGUAGGGUUAAGGCAGCUUUUAUUUAAGAGUUAACAUGUUUCUACAAUAAUUCAUGAUUCUAAGAAUUCUCCAAGCUUUACAAGAUGAUUUUACUACUUCAUUGUGGAAGUUUGACUAGAUCAAUAAUUUAUUCCCAUAGAUCUAUGAAGGAUUCUUUCUGUACUUUGAAAGAACUGCAUAUGAAAGUCUCAUGUUUUCAUUUUAAACUUUGUUUCUCUAAUUUUCCCCUUCCGAUUCUCCUCAAAAUUCAACCAGAAUUAUGAAGAUAUGCCUAACCUAGUGAAUUUCCAAUAGCAUUUUAUUCUAACACCAUGAAUAAAUUUGAGUCUUGUGUUUUGUCCUUAAACACACUUCAUUACCCUUUGGAAUACAACAGUCAGUUGUUACAGUUGGCAAAAUCAUUGUGGGCAUAAAAAAAAUCUGUUUGUCCCAAUGACUGUGAGUUCUUGGAAUAAUAUAUUAUAGCCUGGUUUAUCAUUGAAUCUCUUGUUUUUUAAACUUAAAAUUUAUGAGAAAAAGGUUAUUAUAGAGCUAGUUAUAGCAUUUUAGAAAAAAAAUCAACCUUGUAAAUUAUCAAGCUCCUUGUUCCUUGGCUCAGUGAAAGUGAAAGUGAAGUCGUUCAGUCGUGUCCAACUCUUUGCAACCCCAUGGACUGUAGCCUACCAGGUUCCUCUGUCCAUGGGAUUUUCCAGGCAAGAAUACUGGAGUGGGGUGCCAUUGUCUUCUCCAGGGGAUCUUCCCUACCCAGGGAUUGAAACCGGGUCUCCUGCAUUGUAGGCAGACGCUUUACUGUCUGAGCCACCAGGGUAGUCAGGACUCUACUAAUUUUAAUACCUCUGUGAGGGUGUUAAGGUUGAGAGGAGUGAUGAAAUUUGCAUUAGGUAAUAUUAUUUUGUCAGGAGUCUGAUAUAUAGAUUAUUGUAAAGGAAUUAAAUACAAAGAGGCCCAAUUUUUAAAAAAUUAAUCACAUUUCCAAACUUCCAUUACAAGCAAGGUCUUGGGGAUUUGUCAUUAAUGAUAGACUCUACAUUUUAUAUGCUUUUUAAAUAGAGAACACAUGUAUACCUGUGGCAGAUUCAUUUUGAUAUAUGGCAAAACCAAUACAAUAUUGUAAAGUUAAAAAAUAAAAUAAAAUAAAAAUAAAUAAAUAGAGAAGGUGGCAAAUAAUUAUUACCGAUAAGAGGUUUUAGUCCACCUCUAUUUUAUAGGAAUUUGCCCUCCAAAUAUUUGAGAGAGAAGUCAAAUAAGAUAGGAGAAAAUCUUUUCCUGAGGUAGAAUAUUUCCUUUAAAAGUGACAAUCGAGAAAUAGUCAUUUCUAUACUUACUUGCCAAAGUUUAAAACAAAUUUUUGUGUUUCUUAUCUUAAACCCACUGCUCCCCCACCAAGGAUUCAGAAAGGGCUCAGUAUCGAUCCAGGGUUCCAGUGCCCAGGUCAUUUCACUUUUUGUCAUUUCUAGGCUGCUGUGCUUGCCCAUGGUAAGGGCACUGAUGCACUUGUGUCCUAGGAUGUAGUGUGUGUUUGGUAAGGGGUGGUGCCAUGUCCAGAUUUCUGGUCACCCUUUUUCUAUGAGAUUUAUAAGCACCAUCUGUAAGCUGAAAUCCAGAUUAGACCUAUUCAGUAUGAAGUAGUGUUUUUUAAUAAAAAAAAAAAAACUUCCUACAGUUAUUAUUUCAAUUCCCCAUGUAUCUCAAAUGUUGGGGAAAUGCUUUCUUGACUGUUUCACUUUGGAGGAUUUCAGUAGCUAUUAAUUUAGUAGAUUAACUAAAUCAUUAAUCUAUUGUCUGUUCAAAAGAUACCAGCAAAGGGUAUACUUUGCUGAACUGAUAAAUUAUUCUACUCCAGGACUAACAAAUUCCUUGGUAACAUCAGGAAUAUCUUUUUUCCCCCUUCUCAUUUACUAGUAACUUUUCCAAGUUGCAUUCUGUUGUUGCAAGUUUCUGUAGUUUUCUUCUGUGACAUCUUUCUAUUGUCUGACUUUAAAUAAAAAUAUUUCUAAUAA